CCAGCGGAGGCACCCAAGAGGAUUACCCCCCUUUGCCCUCUCUCCCACCCACCCCAAAAAGAGAAGAUCCCCUCCCCUGGCCCACCCCUUCCCCUCUUCCCUCCCCCUCCCCCCGAACUUUCCCUCUCGCAUGCUUUUCCCCUGCACCACGGAUCGCCUCUCGGAUGCCGCUUGCCUGGAAGCUGCGUUAGGAGCGAGCGGCGGCGGCGGCGGCGGCGGCGGCGGCAGCUCGGGAGUGCUAUGACCGGCAAACUCGCCGAGAAGCUGCCGGUGACCAUGAGCAGUUUGCUAAACCAACUGCCUGACAAUCUGUACCCCGAGGAGAUCCCCAGCGCGCUCAACCUCUUCUCCGGCAGCAGCGACUCGGUAGCCCAUUACAAUCAGAUGGCUACAGAGAAUGUGAUGGACAUCGGUCUGACCAACGAGAAGCCCAACCCGGAACUCUCUUAUUCGGGCUCCUUCCAGCCAGCCCCCGGCAACAAGACCGUGACCUACUUGGGAAAGUUCGCCUUCGACUCCCCUUCCAACUGGUGUCAGGACAACAUCAUUAGCCUCAUGAGCGCUGGCAUCUUGGGGGUGCCCCCGGCCUCAGGGGCACUCAGCACGCAGACCUCCACGGCCAGCAUGGUGCAGCCGCCGCAAGGCGACGUGGAGGCCAUGUAUCCGGCGCUGCCCCCCUAUUCUAACUGCAGUGAUCUCUACUCGGAGCCUGUGUCUUUCCACGACCCCCAGGGCAACCCCGGGCUCGCCUAUUCCCCCCAGGAUUACCAAUCGGCCAAGCCGGCCUUGGACAGCAAUCUCUUCCCCAUGAUUCCUGACUACAACCUAUAUCACCACCCCAACGACAUGGGCUCCAUUCCGGAGCACAAGCCCUUCCAGGGCAUGGACCCCAUCCGGGUCAACCCGCCCCCUAUUACUCCUCUGGAGACCAUCAAGGCAUUCAAAGACAAGCAGAUCCACCCGGGCUUUGGCAGCCUGCCCCAGCCGCCGCUCACGCUCAAGCCCAUCCGGCCCCGCAAGUAUCCCAACCGACCCAGCAAGACCCCGCUCCACGAGCGGCCCCACGCGUGCCCGGCGGAGGGCUGCGACCGCCGUUUCAGUCGCUCGGACGAGCUGACCCGGCACCUGCGCAUCCACACGGGCCACAAGCCCUUCCAGUGCCGGAUCUGCAUGCGGAGCUUCAGUCGCAGCGACCACCUAACCACUCACAUCCGCACGCAUACGGGCGAGAAGCCCUUUGCCUGCGAGUUCUGCGGGCGCAAGUUUGCGCGCAGCGACGAGCGCAAGCGCCACGCCAAGAUCCACCUCAAGCAAAAAGAGAAGAAGGCGGAGAAGGGGGGUGCGCCCUCUGCGUCCUCGGCGCCCCCCGUGUCCCUGGCCCCUGUGGUCACCACCUGCGCCUGAGGCUCGGGCCCCCAGAUCCCCACUUUUCCCCUGCAGUGUCUCCCAGCUGCUCGCCUGAAAGCAGCGGGAAAGCUAGCCACGGAGGCGCAGGGGCCGCGCCCUGGCCUCUCCAUGGACGUAAGGUCCCUUGUUCCCCUUCGAUGUCCCCCGUUUCCACCCUUUCACACCGGCCAACGGUCGGGGGCCAGGGCAGGAGGUGCCCUCCCUUCGCUGCCCCCCUAACCAAGGCGUGGGGGCGGAAAGGUGGCGUCUAGCCCGCUUUGUUCAGUUCGGAUCGUCUUGAUCCAGGGGCCGCUGGGCCGCGCCAAGGACCUGCGGGGGACUGAAGGCGGGGCCCGCCCAAGCUUCGCCCGACCCAAGCACCUUACGGUUCCCCCCACGUCUCUCUCGGUUCCCCCUCGAAGACCCGAGAGGGGGAGGGGGUAAGGAGCGCACCAAAGCGCAGAGCUUGCUGCCCGCCGCACGCACGCGCGCCUGCGUGCGGGGAUGCGCGCGAGUGUGCGUGCUCGCGUGAGUGUUAUGUGUGUGGGUGUGUGGGUGUGUGUGCGCGCGC